AUGUUAAUGACCAUUUCUAUCAGCUGGGGCGAUCGGCACGACACUAGUUUACACCCGUGUGAGGGCUGGACUCGCUGGAACGAGCAGAAGAAAGAGAACGUACAAAAGGAACCAGAGAAACGUAAGAAUCGAAGGCACGGAAAUAACACAAGGAAUAAAAGGAAAAGAAGGAACAAAACAACAGAGAAGGAACAGAAGGGACAGAAUGAGCAGAUAGAGGGAACGAAAGAAACAGGAAUAACAAAAGGAGCUGAGAAUAGAACAAUAGAACGGGGAGAACAUAAGGGGCAGAAGAAACAGAAGGAACAAAAAAACAGAAGGAAUAGACGGUACAGAAGGAAUAGAUGCAACCGAAAUGACAGAAGGAACAGAAAGAAGAGAAGGAAUAGAACUGAACAGAAGGAACAGAAGAACAGAAGAACGCAGCACCGAAAAAGUGCUCCCCUUCCUCUAGUGUUGUGA